UAAUUGGCUCACCAUCCGAGUUGAAUUUUGACAAACAUUUCACUGUUUUUAUUCGACAUUCUCUUUCUUUACUGAGUUUCAAAUCUUUAUUCUCACGAUAGCCAGUGGCCAAUAAGAGAUCAUAGUGUAAGAAAGGAGAAAGAGUGAGGAAGAAUUGGGAGUUGUUGUUGCUGUUGAUUUGCUAAUCUUUUGUUUUCCCUCCCCUUACUUGUAAUUUUCCCCGUGGUUGGCAAUCACCUACUCUCUUAACAUUGGCCGGUGUUUCCACCGAGUCUUGAUGUUGUAAUAAAUAAAUAAAUAAACCAUUGGGCGCUCUGUCCUGCUUGGCCGUGGUCUUCUUGUGCAUAGCUGAUAGUCCGGACAUGAGCGGACCAGUGCAGGGAGGCGCUGCAACCUGCUGAAAGGGUGGACGCUAGCAAUGAAGCUGGCAGCGGCCAAGAUUUCCUGGAAUCCACGACCAGCGCGACUUCUAGCUCUCUGUCUGCUCGUCUGCCUAGUGUUGCCUUGGUGCAGUCAUGGCCAGGGCUUGUUCCCAGCCGCAGACCCUUUCGCGAGCUUCUCCACCAAUACCCCAGUGCAGGCAAGCUCCACGUGUGGUUCCAAUGGCUUAGUCACCUACCGCCAGCAGCCCAGGGGUGAUUUCAGUUGUUCUGCAGCGAGCAGCGCCGCCAGGUGCCAGUCGGAAUGUAGCUAUGGAAGUGCUGCACCGGUGUACACGGAUGUGUUGGCUGGACCGGGCUCGUCAUUACACGGGGUCGUCGCAAAUACAUCCAAUGCCAGCACAACGGUGUGGCAAUUCCGUGACAGUCCGGCUGAUACAUAUGUGCAAACAACAGAGCGGCCGUCAUCAACUGGAAUCAAUGUGAAUGGCCUGACAAUAGCCUGCUGGCUAAAACAGAAUGCAGACAAUACUGGGUACAUUGUUGCCAAGACCUCGGCGACCGGUCUGACUGCCUUCUACGCGAUUCAGAGCGAUGCGGCACGGUCUGAGCUGACGUUCAAGUACCGCGAGGUCGGCAGUCCGAUCGGUUCCACGGAUAUCAUCGUGUCCGGUGUUGCGUUUCUGCCGGAUGUGUGGUACCACUUGGCAGUCGUUGUCCAUGCAACAGACAUGGUCUUGUUUGUGAACGGAGCACGGCGCAGCCGGCAUACUCUGCCAAUGCACAUAGGUGACAUUGAUCGUCCCGGUGAUCACCUGUUUGCUGGUGCGAGGUACAUGAUACCGAUUUCAGCAGCCCUGAGCAACGUCACGCCUGGCUCUGAGUUUAGUGGCGACCUGCAUUCAUUACGUGUAUACCCGCAAGCCUUGAGCAAUGUUGACAUUGAGCUGCUUGCCGGGAUCGACAAUGGUCCGCUACACUUUGCACCGGCAUGCCGCUGUCCACCGUCCCAUUCGGUCAUCCGAUCCUUGCUCUCACAGACCUGUGAAAGCCUGGACGACUCCAGCUCUGUGCGGAGACUCACGGCCGGGUCCAGGGAUGCUGGGUUUCUAAACGAUGACAGUACCAGCACACCGUGGAUAUCUGCGAUCCGCACAAGACAGGCAGACAUCACGAUGAGUCUUGGCGGCGUGAGACAUGUCCUAUACUUUCAGUUAACAUUUACAUCGGUGCGACCGCAGGCCAUGGUCGUGGAGAAGUCCUCGAACAACGGCUUGAAAUGGUCACCGCUGCAAUACUAUGCCUCCGACUGUGCAGCUAGUUUCAACCUACGUGACAACGGCGUGUUGGCAAGCAGCACGGGCGUUCAGUGCAGUAAUCUGUUCUCAGCUGCAUCAUCCGGUGUGGUGACGUUCAACCUGCUGAACAGUGUGGUCAGGCCCCACUCCACACGGUUUGAUCAGGACACUGGGCUGCAGCUGUUUGCACAAGCCACACACUUGCGUGCACGGCUACUCACUAGUCAUGUGACCUCGCGGUGCACGAGUGACCAGUAUUAUGCUGUCAGUGAUUGGGUUGUGACUGGUAAACCGUGUGUAUGUAAUGGCCAUGCGAGUACCUGUAGCGGAUCGGUGUGCAACUGCCAGCACAACACGGCUGGAUCGUCAUGCCAGUUCUGCCAGCCACUCUACAACAAUCGGCCAUGGCUAGCGGGCACCGUUGCACGGUCUAAUCCGUGCGAGGCGUGCACCUGCAACAAUCACUCCAGCAGUUGCCAGUACAGCUCGGCACUGGGUCGCGGUGUCUGCGAAUCGUGCCAGCACUUUACAACCGGGACACAGUGCGAGUCCUGCAUCACGAACUACUACCAUCCUAGCUCCACUGAUCUCACCAGCGUCUCUGCAUGUCAGCCAUGCAAUUGCUUUGCUGCCGGUAUAACGAAUGGUGGUGAUUGUCGUCGUGGGGAUCUGGCAUCGGCCGACUCUGGACAGUGCGCCUGCAAAUCCCGCGUCACCGGUCGGCAAUGCGAUACAUGCACCAGUGGAUACUAUAACCUGGCCUUGAGAAAUGCGGACGGCUGUCAAGCUUGUUCGUGUAAUACAGUUGGUACGAUCGCUGGUAACAGUUCGUGUCAAGCGCUCACCGGCCAGUGCUACUGCAAGGCGAAUGUGGAUGGUCUGCAGUGCCAGAGUUGUCUGACGGGAUUCUACGACCUCGCCAAUCCGAGGGGAUGUCAACCGUGUCAUACGCAGUGCUCUUCAGCUGGAUGUUCGGGUGCAGGACCGAGUGCAUGUGUGAGUUGUACGCAUUUCAAAGACAGUGGAGCCUGCGUGGCGAGCUGCCCCGCUGACAAGUAUCCCGACCGCAGCGCCGAGUGCGUGGCGUGUGCCGGUACAUGCCUGUCGCUGCAGGCUAGCCCAGCACUACGUACGUUCACGGAGCCAGUAGCAGUCGGCACGGCUGUGGCAAGAGCAGUGGUGACCGACAAGAGAUUGCUGUCACGGACAUUAGCCUACUCACUAGGCGGCACAAACAGUGCCGACUUUGCCAUCGACGCGUCCGGGUUUGUGUCGGUGGCACGCACUCUGGAUCGAGAGCGUGUGGCGACGUAUGCCUUGUUUGUCCAUGUAACCGAUAACGGCGCAGACUUGUCGAGUGCUCUUCGUGCAAAUGCUACCCUUGCUGUGUCACUGACUGACAUCAAUGAUAAUGCCCCAGUGCUGACACCACUGCUCUCCCAGUUCACUGUCCCUGAGAAUCGACCAGCAGGACACCGAGUAACCACUCUGUCAGCAUCGGAUCUUGACACCGGUUCUAAUGCGUUCUUAGAGUACAGUCUAGUCGCGGGUGACGAUGACAAUGACUUUGCAGUGAGCGUGGCCGGAGUAGUGGCAACACGCAGACCACUGGAUCAUGAGACCACUCCGUCCUACGAUCUCACUGUGAGCGUGUGCAACCCAGUGGUUCCGCGUCUCUGCAGCAAGGGCACAGUGCGCGUACUGGUCAGCGAUGCCAAUGACAAUGCUCCAGUGUUUCAAGCACACAUGAAUCCUGUGCUGGUAGCAGAGUCUGCAAUCGUGGGCUCACAGGUUCUGCAGCUGUCUGCACGGGAUGCCGACGGUCCCGGAGUGAACAGUCAACUGACCUACGUAAUCUCCACCGGCAAUACUGACAAUGUCUUCUCUGUAGACAGAACGUCUGGACUCGUUCGUUUGGCAAAGUCAGUGGACUAUGAGGCACGUACUGCAUACAAGCUGGUGCUUCUUGUAAUGGACAGCGGUGUGCCAGUGCAGCUUGGCAACACCACGCUGGAUGUCAACAUUCAAGAUGUGAAUGAUAAUUCUCCAGUAUUCCAGCAAACCGUCACCUCGCUGACAGUUGCGGAGUCGACAGCAGCAAACACCGUGAUCAGGACCAUCACCGCCACGGAUGCAGACAGUGGAACGUUUGGUCAACUCACCUACACCAUACGUGGGUCUGGAUCGGAGAAGUUUCGCAUUUCCUCACGCGGCACCGUCAGUCUUGCUACGACGUUAGACUAUGAACAGCGCAUAAGUUAUGUGCUGAUCCUGACUGCUAGUGAUGGUGGUAGUCCUCCGAGAACAGCAACAUCUGAGCUACGCAUAGCUGUGACGAAUGUAAACGACCAAUCCCCGGUGUUGAACCAGACUAUGUAUGUAUUAUCCAUAGCCGAGGACCAGGUAGUCAACACUGAUAUUGGCCUGGUUAUUGCUGAUGAUCCCGACAAGCUUCCCUUGACGUAUGCCCUGGCAAGCGCUAGCGUACCCGGUGUGUUUGCUGUGCAGAGUGCGACGGGCAGCAUAGUACUUGCAGCCAGUCUAGACUUUGAGACCACGCAGCGGUACACACUGAAUGUCAGCGUCAGUGAUGGUGCGUUCAUCGCCUAUGCGCAAGUCGUUGUCAAUGUCCUGGACGUGAAUGAUAACAAUCCUGUGCCUGAUCAAACAAUGUACACACUGAGUGUUCCCGAGAAUACGUCAGUCCCCACCAAUCUGUUGACAGUGUCAUCAACAGAUGCAGAUAGUGGUGUGAACCGAGUGGUACGAUACGCUAUUGCAACCAGCUCAGCCGUGAGAGUUUUCACCAUCGACACCAUCUCAGGAGUAUUGACACUGGCCCAAAGUCUGGACUAUGAGGCCGAAUCUCGCUACAUGCUAAACAUCUCCGUAUCUAACACCCUGGCAGCUGUACAGCGUACUAGUUUUGCCCAAGUUUCCAUCUCAGUGCUUGACAACAACGACAAUGCACCAAUGUUUGUGUCACCACAGGGCGGUUAUCAGGUCUCAAUCAGUGAAAGCAUAUCACCCGGCGCGUCUGUGUUUACUGUGACCGCAGACGAUGCUGAUUCGACUACCAAUGCCGAGCUUCGUUACCAGCUCAGCCCCAGUGUGUCUGCUUUCCGCAUUGCUGCUACAUCUGGACUAAUCACCGUUGCACGGUCUCUUGAUCGCGAGACACAGAAAUCUUACACUGUUCCGCUACUUGUGCACGAUCUUGGCAAUCCAAAGCUCUCGGGUAAUUCGACGAUUCUGAUCAAGCUAAUGGAUGUGAAUGACAAUGCGCCUGCAUUCACACAGACCAGCUACAAUGUCACCGUGACUGAGAAUACACCAGCCGGUAUAGUGAGUGGUCUCGACGUCUUCGCUCAUGACCCGGAUGCCGGCUCCAACGGCACGGUGUCCUUCGCUUUGCUGGAUAACCUUGGCGUGUUCAGCAUUGAGCCCUUGCUGGGUAAUCUCUCAACUCUAGCCCCGCUGGACAGGGAGACCAGGCCGUCUUACAUUCUAACCGUUCAAGCCAAGGACGGUGGGCGGCCAGCUAUGUCAUCAACGGUCACCGUGUUUGUGCAGGUAGGAGAUGUGAAUGACAAUGCACCACAGAUAGCUUCUCCCGGCACCAGUGUAACAUUCACCGAGGCCGGAGCGGCAGUUCACCUUGCCCCGCAGCUGACAGUCACCGAACUGGAUCUAGUUGAUAUAGUGUCGGCCACAGUUACGAUUCAACUUGCCUCAACAAACACACUGACACCGUAUCAAGAUCAACUGUCUGUCGCCACUAGGCUAGUAACCAGGCUGAGUGUUGCCCUACAGAAUUCAAGCCGCGUCAUGGUGAUAUCCGGUGCAGGUUCUGCUGCCCAGUAUGGUACAGUACUUCGAUCCGUUCUGUUCAGGAAUGUCGAGAAUGAACCAACGGCAGACACACGGCAAGUCAUCAUUCAAGUGAACGAUGGACUAGCAAGUGUGCCGCUUGUGAUCCGUUUCAACAUUAAUCUUAUCAAUGACAAUCCACCUAGAGUGUCCCUAUCAGCAGCGAGUCCGGCGUUUGCCAGUGUCAGCUUCACAGAGGGCACCGGUAGCAUACCUGUGCUGGCAGCUACUGCACUGUCACUCUCUGAUCCCGACUCUGGAGCUGUGAACCUGGCAUCGGUGUAUGUAUCACUGAUUGGCAUGCGCGAUGGCAUUGCGGAGAACAUCACGGCGAGCAUGGCUAAUGGUUUGGUCGUAUCCUCGUCUGCCGAUUCCCUGGUACUGACUGGACCUGCCAGUUUUGCAGUGUUUACAACAGCCCUGCUCUCGCUGACUUACUUCAACUCAGCCGAAGAGCCCAACCCCGCAACUCGCUCGGUUGUAAUAGUAGCAAACGACGGGCUUCACAACAGCACGGCGGUCACUGUACGUAUCAACAUAGAUCUUGUCGACGAUGCUCCCAAUCUGCAGCUAACUCUGAAUGGGGACAUUACGCUGCGCUAUCGUGAAGGAAGUGGUCCUGUCCAGCUCUCGGAUUCUGGCUUCCAGCUAGCGGAUAACGAUAACACAUCUCUAAGUAGUGCCACUGUGACCAUGACUGGUGGCGUGGACGGCAGUCAGGAACUCCUUACCUACACUGUCGGCAGUGGCUUGAUAAGAGCUACACCGAGUGCAUCUGCUGUUGUGUUUACAGGUGUGGACGUCGUAUCUAGUUACAGUCAACUGCUGAGAUCUCUACACUACACGCACAAGGGCAGCAAUCCCACCGACGGUCAGCGCAUUGUUACAUUCUCUGUAUCCGAUGGUAUCAAGUCUAGCAAUGCCGUGCAAGCAUUCGUGAGCAUCAGUGCAGUGAACGAUCCACCGCUGGUUGAUCUGAAUGGGCGUGCGACUGGCAGUGACGCCACGGCAAGCUUCACAGAGGGUGAUGCUGCACUGCCCGUGUGUCCACAAGCAUGGGUACUGGAUGCAGACAACACCCAUCUGGUCUCGGCACACAUCAUUCUCACGAAUCCACUCGAUGCAAGGAGUGAGUCUCUAUCAGCACAGGCUCCAUCCUCGUUCAUCACCGUCACGCAAGUGUCCGCAGCUGAACUGCACGCCGUGGGAUCAGCUACAUUGAGUGACUAUGCCAUGCUCAUCCAGUCUUUACGCUACAUAAACACGGCACAAGCUCCCACGGAGACUCAACGAGUCAUUACCGUCACGGUCAACGAUUCCAUUUCCACCAGCAUCACACGCUCUGUGCGUAUUGCAAUCAUUGGUGUUGACGAUGCACCGGUUCUUGUGACAUCAUCCCGGCAGCCACUACCUGUGACCUACGCUGAACAAUCCAGUGCUGUGUUGGUUGUCGUACCUGGCCAAGUCAGGGUCAGUGAUGUUGACAACACGACAUUGGCAGCAUGUACUGUGACCGUAUCACCUGUUCCCGACGGUGGCUCAGAGCAGCUUCAGUACACACUACCUUCGGGUAUAACACUCGCAAACAUGGUUCAGAAUGGAACGAUGAGCGCCCGCUAUGACUUCUCUGCAUCGCCAACGCCUCAGUCGGCCAGCACAUUCCAGCAACUCCUCUCGAGUCUGGCCUUCAUCAACACUGCAGUUGAGCCAACACCGGAGCCAGUCCGCACCGUCCGCAUCCGUGUAUCGGAUGGUUUGCUGGAGAGCAAUGAGCAAAGUGCGCAUGUCAACGUGACUCUGAUCAAUGAUAAUCCGCCUGUGUUUGCCAGGACAAGUUACAGCUUGACGGUGGCUGAGAAUACUCAGAUUGGCUUCACGGUGGAUACUAUAACUGCUACGGAUGCUGAUUCACCAUCGGGCAUGUAUGCAGUCGAUGGUCUCAUCACCUACAGGAAGGUCAGCGGAGACUUUGCCAGCUUGUUUGCUAUCAAUCAAAGCACAGGUGCUAUUGCGGUAGCUGCUCCUCUCGACUUUGAUAUCAUAUUCUUCACUAUACAAGCCACCAACAGUCUCGCAUCACCUGCUCUGAGUUCACCCGUUGUGACUGUAACAGUAAGUAUCACGGAUGUCAAUGACAAUGCUCCCGUCAUAACAUCACCAUCUGUCAUCAAUGUCACAGAGAACGUCGCUCUGAGAACCGUCCUGGGGUUUGUACGAGCCACGGACCGUGACAGCGGUGUCAACGCUGAUGUGCGCUACUACAUUGUCUCAUCACAUGUUCCUCCCGCGCCAUUUGCCCUUGGCUCAAGAUCUGGCACCCUAGUAAGUACUGCCAGCGUGGAUAGAGAGCAGCAGUCCCAGUAUCUGCUCACGAUUGACGCACGGGAUCGUGGCACUCCUCCCAUGCAGUCAACUCAGAUACUCACCGUCAACAUUCUCGACAUCAACGACAAUGCUCCACGGUUUACUCAAUCAUCCUAUUCGAUUGAUGUAUCGGAGGGUCGUUCUGUUGGUGACACCAUCCUGCAAGUGACGGCAACUGAUGCUGAUUUCGGUGCUAAUGGUACUGUGCAGUAUCGUCUUCAGACACCGAACAACUACCUAUCUCUGAGCACAUCGGGUGUGCUGAACAUCCGCAAUGAACUGGAUCGCGAGAAAGCGCCUUCAAUCUCAGUGACAGCGGUUGCGUAUGAUUUGGGCUCUCCCAGUAUGAUGUCAACGGUCACAAUAUCGUGCACGGUCACUGAUGUCAAUGACAACAGGCCGCAGUUUGCUAACACAAGGUAUUCAUUCUCUAUUGCCGAAGAUAUCAGCGCUGGCAGUGAAGUUGGCCGUGUCCUUGCAACUGAUAUUGAUGCUGGCAAUAACGGUACUGUGAUCUAUUCCAUUGUGUCCGGAAAUACGGCAGGGAAGUUCACGGUGGAUGGUAGUGGAGUGGUGACGACCGCGGGUAGAAUUGACCGUGAGGCCGCAAGCCAGUACAAUCUAGUCAUUGAUGCGUCCGACGAAGGUCAGCCACCCAUGUCAAACGUUGUCAAUGUAUACAUACGCAUCACAGACGUGAAUGACAAUGCACCCGUGUUCUCGCGACCAGCAUAUCAAGUGUCUGUCUAUGAAAACAUAUCGUCGUCGAUGGCACUUGUCCAGCUACUGGCAACUGAUGCUGAUGUGGGCAGUAAUGCAGCCAUAGUGUACUCGGUACUGAGCGUUAGCAGUGGUGGCAGGUUUCUGCUCAACACCACCUCUGGGCAGUUGACUAUUACACCCCCUCUGGAUAGGGAGCAAGUUGAUGCCUAUCAAGUUGUGGUGGAGGCGUCCGAUCAAGGGCACCCACAGCAGCGGGCGUCCGUCAACGUGACAGUUGAUGUCCUGGACAUCAACGACAACAGUCCACUGUUCUCACCAAGCCUGUUUACAUUCAACAUUACGGAGAAUAAUGCUCGAGGUGCUGCUAUUGGUACUGUCACAGCUAAUGAUCUGGAUGCUGGUAGCAAUGGACGGGUGAGAUACCGACUUGUUUCAUCAGCUCAGUCAUCUCAAUUUGUUCUUGAUCCUGUCUCUGGAAUUCUCAGAGCUAACAUUGCGUUCAACCGGGAAGUUAUUCCUAGUUAUCUGUUGGAUGUUGAGGCUUCUGAUGAGGGCAGUCCAGCGCGUAUGUCGCGCACAACUAUCUCCGUGGCAAUCAAUGAUGUGAAUGACAAUCGUCCCGUGUUCACUCAAUCGUCGUACAGUGCAUCUCUACUUGAGAACUCAACAAGUGGCACUCUGGUCACGGUGGCGAUGGCAUCAGAUGCUGACAGUGGCACCAAUAGUCAGGUGUCAUACACUAUUCAACCUCCAGGAGCACUCUCCAUCUCCGACUCAGGCGUUGUUGAGUUGAUGACACGUCUUGAUGCGGAAACAGCUAUGAGCCAUGUAUACAGCAUCAUUGCUUCCGAUGGUGGAUCCCCUCAAAACUCGGCCACUGCAACUCUUCGCCUCUCUGUACUGAACAUCAAUGACAAUCCUCCGAACAUUUCACCAACUACACUGACCGCGUCUUUCACCGAGAAUGGAGCUGCGGUGCCGUUUGCUCGAUCGCUGGCACUGUCAGACAGUGAUGUAGUUCACCAGCAGUUCACUGCGACUCUCACCCUUCAACGGAGCAGUACUGGUAUGGUGUCUCCGUACACCGGAUUGCAGUGUGGUCACUCUGUUCUGCCAUGGAACAAGCUUGCUCAGUGCAAUGUUAACACUAGUACUGGGAAUGUUCUUUCCAGUGCUCGACUUGUUGCUGGUGCAGCUCUAACUGCUGACUCCGCUACUCUACGGCUUGUCGCCCAGGGACAAUCAGCCAACACAGCGGCAGCCUCUAUACAACUGACUAACUCAUUCACUAUUGGUAUGUGGAUCAAGAUCAGUAGCCAUGUGACUGCGCCACUGUUCUCCCUGUCUGAUGGAGCAAAGCAGUAUUUCUCGCUGCGUAUCGACACGCCAGCAUCCACCAUGACCAUCACAUACCAAACAGCUGGAGGAGCUGGAUCAAGCAGUGACACUACAGUAACAUUCCCUGCCGUUUCAUUGAGAACGAAUCAGUGGCAGCACAUUGCUGUUGUGAUGUCGUACCCGAAUGUGUUCCUCCAUGUCGAUGGUGCAACUGGACUGCUGCCAUCUGCCACAGCCACACUCUCUAGCCCACUCCAACCUCUGCCAAGCAAUGCACUGCUGCACCUCGGCUCAGAUGCUCUUAGCUCCGGCAUUUCCGCCACGUUCCUGGGCGAGCUGUCUGGAUUUUUCUAUGCCCCGCAUGCUGUAGCCGCGGCAUCCCUGGCAUGUGUAAGCAGCUGUGAUGAGUGGCUAAUCCCCGUGGCUAACUCUGCCUCGUCACCAACCCGUACUGUUAGCAGAUCUAAUGCAGGCAGGACAGUAGAAUACGUUGACAGCACACUGGUCGGCAUUCAAACAGCCAUACGCUCCACUGGUUAUUACAAUGCACAAACAGAGCCUGAUCUUGCCACGCGCCACAUUCAGAUUCAGCUCUACGACGGCCGUUUCUACAGUCCCAUGGUAGUCGCCAGCGUGCAGAUUGUCGCUGUGAAUGAUAGACGGCCAGUCAUUGAUCUUGAUUCAACGGACGGCAAUGCAAGUCUGAACUUUGCCACACUUUACAUUGAGAGGCACGGACCAGUGAGGGCAACAUCGGCGUCUGUGAAAAUAUCUGAUGCGGACUUUGGUGUGGUGCGUAUUGACCAUGUAAAUGUGUCUGUGGUAUUGCCACGUGAUGGUACCAAUGAGAAACUGUCCGCAACUGCUAGUGGGCAAGUCUCCAUUAUCCAAACUUCAGCCAGCUCGUUGAGGCUUGUUGGUCCUGCACUGUUCACUGACUUUGAGCAGGUGUUGCAAACUGUACAGUAUGACAAUACUGCCAUUGAGCCUAGCAUGCCGGCCGUGCGCGUGAUCAGCUUUUCAGCAAGCGAUGGCACCCUGGUCAGCCCUGUCGCGUCCACCUUCGUCACGAUCAUACACAUCAACGAUCCGCCAGUGCUACAACUCAUCGGUGAGAACAACCUUACCUUCACAGAGGGCUCGCCGCCACUUCUGCUACUACCAACAGGUUUGUCGUUAACCGACAAUGACAACACCACUGCACUGUCCGUGACGAUUUCGCUUCAGACCUCGCCUGAUGGUGCGAUGGAGCUGUUGAAUGUCUCUACAAACAGACCUGGCAUUCGCGUUCAGUAUGGCACCAACACUCUAUCUCUGGUGGGCCCGGCUCUGCGAAGCGAUUUCGUGGACGUGCUCAAAACUCUGACAUAUCAGCACACCGAUGAUGCAAUGCCAACAGCUGGUGUACGUGCCGUACUGAUCAUAGCUAGUGAUGGCCUUGCUAUCAGUAGUAUCCUUGUCUUUGUGAAAGUGAGAAGCCUGAAUGAUGCGCCGCUCCUUGAUAUCUCCGGCCUGGGCGUUACCCGUAGAUAUCUAGUCAGUUUCACAGAAGGUGACAGUGGUGUUGCGGUCGUAUCCUCAAAGUUAUCCCUUCACGAUGUCGACAGCGUUAACAUGACGCAGGCUACAUUCAGCCUCUCUCCACGUCCCAACGGUGCAACGGAAGGUCUACGCAUGAAUAUCAGUAACAGUGCAUUGACAUUUAACUAUAACAUGGCACGCGGCACAUUGUCAAUCCUGGGACAGGCCCAUGUGGAUCAGUACGCUGUGGCAAUGAAAACCAUUGUCUAUUACAACUCCAAUGAAAAUCCAGACACUACACUACGGCGGGUGAUAAUGCAUGUGUUUGAUGACAAAGGUACCAGUAGCAACUCAGCCGAAGCUCUCAUCACAGUCAUUGCUGUCAAUGAUCCUCCUGAGAUCCAGCCGGCUGGGCUAUUUCCAUUUGCUGUCACAUUUGUUGAGGAGAAGGGCCCCGUUGUCAUUCUACCCACUGGAGUGUCUGCAUAUGACGCUGAUAGUCCAGGCAUUGCUACCGUCUUUGUACAGGUAACGGGUGUGGAAGAUGGAGUGAGCGAGGUCUUGAUUGCAUCCGACCCGGUGGUUCAAGCCACAACGACAAACACAGCACGCUCCAUAUCUGGCCUAUCUGUGCAGUAUACAUUCUCUCCCAGUCUGCCUCUCAUCAGUGCCAGCAAAUUUUUGCAUGGUCUGCAGUACAACAACUUGGCGCUGGAGCCCAACUCUCUCCUGCCACGCCAAGUCCAGGUAUCUUUGAGUGAUGGAUUGGUAAUGAGCAGCCUGCAACAGUCCACUAUCACAGUCGUGCCCGUCAAUGAUCACCUCCCUAUGUUUACUAGGACUGUGUUUACGGGUCUAGCUGUUGAUGAGAAUGCCAGGGUUGGUCACAGUGUUGUGCAGGUGUCUGCAUCGGACGGUGACGGUGACAAUGUGGUGUACAGCAUCAAUUCAUCUGUCCCGUUCCAAGUUUCUUCGACCGGAAUCGUCUCAGUGUCCGGGCCUCUGGAUCGCGAGACUACAACCCAGUACAGUUUCUUUGUCCAUGCUACUGAAAUGGCGUCACCAUCUCGUCAAGCCGUCACUCCUGCCUUUAUUGACAUAGCCAUUCUGGACAUCAACGAUAACUUCCCGCGGUUCGUCCCUGCGUUGAGCACUGUCAAUGUGUCUGAAGCAAGUGCAGUGGGUACGCUGGUAACACGAGUAUUUGCACAAGACACGGAUAAUGGUAGCAAUGGUACUGUUCUCUACUCCAUACUGAGUGGCAACGAUAACGCGUCGUUUGAGAUUGACCCGGCGACUGGUGCUGUGAGAGUCAGCAAUGGUUUGGAUCGCGAAACACGGGCCAGAUUCACACUGCUCGUACAGGCCAGGGAUGCUGGCACGCCGGCACACGACAGAAGCGAGAGCUUGCUGAUAGACAUUCUCGACGUGAACGACAACCCACCUCGGUUCUCAGCACCUCUGUAUCAUGUCUCUGUGUCAGAGGUUAUUGCAAUAUCGUCGCCUCUACUCCAAGUGCAGGCAACUGAUGCUGAUAGUGGUGAGAAUGCCCGCAUACUGUUCGAGAUUGUACCAUCCUCAAGCAGCAUGGCAUUCAGCAUUAACAGCACCACAGGCACAAUAUCUACCACAUCGUCAUUGGAUUUUGAGUCGCAGGUGCAGCAUCGAUUCACUGUGAAAGCAUGGGACAACGGCAGUCCAACCAGGAUGACAGGCACGACGUCAGUUGUCAUUGAUGUGACCAAUGUGGACGAUCAUGCACCACACUUUCUACUGUCUCUGUACCAAGCUAGUGUGCGUGAGCAUUCUAGCAACGGUACGCCUGUUGUCACUGUUUCAGCUGCAGAUAUCGAUCCAUUCUCUGCCAUUACGUACAGCAUUGUCACUGGAGAUCAGCGUCUGUUCACGAUCAAGUCAUCGACUGGAGUGAUCGCUGUACUUGCUGACAUAGACCGUGAGUCACAGUCUACAUACAACCUCACGGUAGCAGCCCUGAGUCACAGCAACUCUACUCUCGUUGCCGCUAAUAGAACCACAACUACCGUCACUGUUACCAUCCUGGAUAUCAACGAUUUUCCACCAGUGUUUUCCCAGCCAAUUUACACUUAUCCAGUUCCGGAAAACCUCGCAACUGGCUCGCAGAUUGGAUCUGUUUCAGCAUCUGAUCGUCACGACUCAGGUCUCAACGCUGUUGUGUCUGACUUUGAGCUAGUCUCUGGGAAUGGUAGUAGCGUGUUCACCAUUAACAGAAGUGGAGUUCUCCAGCUGAAUCAAACACUUGAUCGAGAGACCGCAGCACUGUACACCGCAGUGGUACAAGCCACGGACAGUGGUGUUCCCAGCAUGUCCGCCACAGCCACGCUAGUCUUCGUUAUCACAGAUAUCAAUGAUAACCGUCCUGUGUUCGACCAGCCCGACUAUAAUGCAUCGCUGCGAGAAGAUGUUGGCAUAGGGUACCCACUCAUCACUCUGACGGCUACAGACAGCGACGCUGGCAGCAAUGGUGAUGUUGUCUAUAGCAUUGCAGUGACCUCAGCUCCGUUUAUGAUCGACCAAGCAAGUGGGCUGGUGACUGUUUCAGGGAAUCUUAACUACUCUGUUGCUCCAUUGUAUCGCCUCACUGUCACAGCAUCAGACCAAGGCACUACUACUGUGAUGGCAAGCCAGGUUAUAUUGCUAGUCAAUGUCUUGCCAAAACCUAAUGGCACCCCUAUCUUCCAGAAUCUGCCCUACAGAACAACACUACUGGAAAACUCCACCCUAGGUACGUUUGUAGUGAUGGUGCAAGCAGUCAGCGGUGAUCCACUGAUCAAAGGUCCAGUUACGUAUUCUCUGAGUGCUCCACUCACAGGACAGUGGAGAGUAGACAAGACAAGUGGUGCAGUGACUCUGCAACGUCCGCUGGACUUUGAAGCUAAUCGCCAAGUCGUGCUGACUGUAGUUGCUCAAGUCACAGACUUACAGAAUCUAACCCUAUCAUCCACAGCUAUCGUCACGGUUAAUGUCGGAGAUGUGAAUGACAAUGCACCAGUCUUGUCACCACUUCGUUUAGUUAUCAAUGUGAGUGAGGCAAGUGGGGUUCCUGUGUCAGUCGGACAACUGGUCACCAACGAUGUUGACACAGUUGUAUCACCACUAGUAUUCAAUCUUGUUUCCUCAUCCCUUCCUGGCGCUAUGUUGGUUAGUUCAUCAGGUGAUGUUCGGCUCAACAUGAAGCUUGACAGGGAAUCAGUGAGCUCCAUCAUACUCAAUGUUUCUGUGACAGACGGAGUGUUCAUCGCCUAUGGGAUGGUUGUUGUGAAUGUCCUCGAUGCCAACGACAACCCACCAAUGUUCACCAACCCUGUGUAUUUGGCAUCCAUUGCAGAACGGUCAGCGACUGGUCUGUUUGUGCUGUCAGUCACCGCCCAGGAUAAUGACAUCGAUAAGAAUGCGCAGCUGACGUACAGUAUCAGUUCAGGCAAUAUCAACUCAACGUUUGUUAUCAAUGCCACUACGGGUGUCAUCCGCUUGGCAGGACCAGUUGACUAUGAGUCACUGACAAUGUACAAACUCUUGGUAACAGUGUCUGACAUGGGAGCUAUCCCGCUAGCUGCAAACUGCACUGUUCUGAUCAACAUCAUUGAUAUUGACGAUGAACCACCAGUGUUUGUGACAGCAUCGUAUCAACUUGACGUGGUGGAAAAUGCUACCCUCGCCACCUCGCUCUUGUCUGUACUGGCCACCGACCCAGACGGCGGGCUAUCUUCUUCGCGUAUCCAAUACAGCAUUACAUCCGGCAACACAGGCGAUGUGUUUCAGCUGCAGGCAAUGUCAGGAAUUCUCACUUUGGCUAAGACUCUCGACUUUGAAACCCAGCCGACGUAUCGUCUCCAGGUGUUUGCAUCAAACGGUGGCGUGACUGGUCCGGGAAGCACGGCACUGAUCACUGUGUCUGUGAUGGAUGUCAACGACAAUCCGCCUGCGUUUAGUGCGGCACUAUAUACACGCCGGGUGUUGGAGAAUGCCAUCAUCGGCCAUCCGGUGAUUACGAUGCAUGCUACGGAUCCUGAUACCGGUGUCGGUGGAGUGGUUAGCCGGUACACUAUCGUGAGGGGAAACACGGGUGAUGUCUUUAAUAUCACUCCCUCCACCGGUGUACUGCUUGUGGCCAAGUCACUGGAUUACGACACACGCCCGUUCGGGUACAAUCUUGUCAUUCGGGCCACUGAUGGUGGAUCACCACCUCUGCAUGGCGACACCACAGUAGCAGUUUUCCUGGAUGACUUCAACGACAACGCUCCCGUGUUCUCUUCUCCGCAGUACUCGGCUAGAGUGUUUGAGAGCGCUGUCACAGGCAUGGCCAUACUGAACAUCACCGCUACGGAUGCUGACUCUGGUACUAAUGCUGAGAUAGUGUACAGCUUGCGUGGCCAGACACCAUUCUCUGUGGACCAGCAAACAGGUACUGUGAGACUAGUCUCUUCACUGGAUCGGGAGAACAUUAGCAGCUACACCAUCACAGCAGACGCUCACGAUAGGGGUAUUCCCCAGCUUGUCGGCAGCACCACGCUGAGUAUAACUGUGCUGGAUUCGAAUGACCAGAUACCUCGUUUUUCCUUGCCAUCAUACAGCGGUUCAGUACUGGAGGACAGCAGUGCUGGUACAUCUGUUCUGCAGGUUGUUGCCAUCGAUGAUGAUCGAGGUAGCAAUGCUGUCAUCAGAUAUCACCUUGACAUUGCUGGUAGUGCACCGUUCUUUGUUGGUGCUGUGUCCGGUGACAUCUUUGUGAAUGGAAGUCUAGAUCGAGAGCGCACACCGUCAUACACAUUCGCAGUGCGUGCUACAGAUCAGGGCCAGCCACCGACCAGCUCAGUCGUGUCAGUAACAAUCAGCAUCGACGAUAAGAACGACAAUCCACCUCGGUUCUCAGCACCUCUGUAUCAUGUCUCUGUGUCAGAGGCUAUUGCAAUAUCGUCGUCUCUACUCCAAGUGCAGGCAACUGAUGCUGAUAGUGGUGAGAAUGCCCGCAUACUGUUCGAGAUUGUACCAUCCUCAAGCAGCAUGGCAUUCAGCAUUAACAGCACCACAGGCACAAUAUCUACCACAUCGUCAUUGGAUUUCGAGUCGCAGGUGCAGCAUCGAUUCACUGUGAGAGCAUGGGACAACGGCAGUCCAACCAGGAUGACAGGCACGACGUCAGUUGUCAUUGAUGUGACCAAUGUGGACGACCAUGCACCACACUUUCUACUGUCUCUGUACCAAGCUAGUGUGCGUGAGCAUUCUAGCCCCGGUACGCCCGUUGUCACUGUUUCAGCUGCAGACAUCGAUCCAUUCUCUGCCAUUACGUACAGUAUUGUCACUGGAGAUCAGCGCCUCUUCACGAUCAAGUCAUCGACUGGAGUGAUCGCUGUACUUGCUGACAUAGACCGUGAGUCACAGUCUACAUACAACCUCACGGUAGCAGCCCUGAGUCACAGCAACUCUACUCUCGUUGCCGCUAAUAGAACCACAACUACUGUCACUGUUACCAUCCUGGAUAUCAACGAUUUUCCACCAGUGUUUUCCCAGCCAAUUUACACUUAUCCAGUUCCGGAAAACCUCGCAACUGGCUCGCAGAUUGGAUCUGUUUCAGCAUCUGAUCUUCAUGACUCGGGCCUCAACGCUGUUGUGUCUGACUUUGAGCUAAUUUCUGGGAAUGGUAGUAGCGUGUUCACCAUUAGCAGAAGUGGAGUUCUCCAGCUGAAUCAAACACUUGAUCGAGAGACCGCAGCACUGUACACCACAGUGGUACAAGCCACGGACAGUGGUGUUCCCAGCAUGUCCGCCACAGCCACGCUUGUCUUCGUUAUCACCGACAUCAAUGAUAACCGUCCUGUGUUUGAACAGCCCGACUACAAUGCAUCGCUGCGAGAAGAUGUUGGCAUAGGGUACCCACUCAUUACUCUGACGGCUACAGACAGCGACGUUGGCAGCAAUGGUGAUGUUGUCUAUAGCAUUGCAGUGACCUCGGCUCCGUUUAUGAUCGACCAAACAACGGGGCUGGUGACUGUUUCGGGGAAUCUUAACUACUCUGUUGCUCCAUUGUAUCGCCUGACUGUCACAGCAUCAGACCAAGGCACUACUACUGUGAUGGCAAGCCAGGUUAUAUUGCUAGUCAAUGUCUUGCCAAAACCUAAUGGCACCCCUAUCUUCCAGAGUCUGCCCUACACAACAACGCUACUGGAAAACUCCACUGUAGGUACGUUUGUAGUGAUGGUGCAAGCAGUCAGCGGUGAUCCACUGAUCAAAGGUCCAGUUACGUAUUCUCUGAGUGCUCCACUCACAGGACAGUGGAGUGUAGACAAGACAAGUGGUGCAGUGACUCUGCAACGUCCGCUGGACUUUGAAGCUGAUCGCCAAGUCAUGCUGACUGUAGUUGCUCAAGUCACAGACUUACAUAAUCUAACCCUAUCAUCGACGGCUAACGUCACGGUUAAUGUCGGAGAUGUGAAUGACAAUGCACCAGUCUUGUCACCACUUCGUUUAGUUAUCAAUGUGAGUGAGGCAAGUGGGGUUCCUGUGUCAGUCGGACAACUGGUCACCAACGAUGUUGACACAGUUGUAUCACCACUAGUAUUCAAUCUUGUUUCCUCAUCCCUUCCUGGCGCUAUGUUGGUUAGUUCAUCAGGUGAUGUUCGGCUCAACAUGAAGCUUGACAGGGAAUCAGUGAGCUCCAUCAUACUCAAUGUUUCUGUGACAGACGGAGUGUUCAUCGCCUAUGGGAUGGUUGUUGUGAAUGUCCUCGAUGCCAACGACAACCCACCAAUGUUCACCAACCCUGUGUAUUCGGCAUCCAUUGCAGAACGGUCAGCGACUGGUCUGUUUGUGCUGUCAGUCACCGCCCAGGAUAAUGACAUCGAUAAGAAUGCGCAGCUGACGUACAGUAUCAGUUCAGGCAAUAUCAACUCAACGUUUGUUAUCAAUGCCACUACGGGUGUCAUCCGCUUGGCAGGACCAGUUGACUAUGAGUCACUGACAAUGUACAAACUCUUGGUAACAGUGUCUGACAUGGGAGCUAUCCCGCUAACUGCAAACUGCACUGUUCUGAUCAACAUUACUGAUAUUGACGAUGAACCACCAGUGUUUGUGACUGCAUCGUAUCAACUUGAUGUGGCGGAGAAUGCUACCCUUGCCACCUCGCUCUUGUCUGUACUGGCCACCGACCCAGACGGUGGACUAUCUCCUCGCCGUAUCCAAUACAGCAUUACAUCCGGCAACACAGGAGAUGUGUUUCAGCUGCAGGCAAUGUCAGGAAUUCUCAGUUUGGCUAGGACUCUCGACUUUGAAACCCAGCCGACGUAUCGUCUCCAGAUAUUGGCAUCAAACGGUGGUGUGACUGGUCCGGGCAGCACGGCACUGAUCACGGUGUCUGUGAUGGAUGUCAACGACAAUCCGCCUGCGUUUAGUGCAGCACUAUAUACCCGUCGGGUGUUGGAGAACGCCAUGAUUGGCCAUCCUGUGAUCACGAUGAAUGCUACGGAUGCUGAUACGGGUGUCGGCGGAGUAGUUAGCCAGUACACUAUCGUGAGGGGAAACACCGGUGAUGUAUUCAAUAUCACUCCCUCCACCGGUGUACUGCUUGUGGCCAAAUCACUGGAUUACGACACACGCCCGUUCGGGUACAAUCUUGUCAUUCGGGCCACUGACGGUGGAUCACCACCUCUGCACGGCGACACCACGGUAGCAGUAUUCCUGGAUGACUUCAACGACAACGCUCCUGUGUUCUCUUCUCCGCAGUACUCGGCUAGAGUGUUUGAGAGCGCUGUCACAGGCAUGGCCAUACUGAACAUCACCGCUACGGAUGCUGACUCUGGUACUAAUGCUGAGAUAGUGUAUAGCUUGCGUGGCCAGACACCAUUCUCUGUGGACCAGCAAACAGGUACUGUGAGACUAGUCUCUUCACUGGAUCGGGAGAACAUUAGCAGUUACACCAUCACAGCAGACGCUCACGAUAGGGGUAUUCCCCAGCUUGUCGGCAGCACCACGCUGAGUAUAACUGUGCUGGAUUCGAAUGACCAGAUACCUCGUUUUUCCUUGCCAUCAUACAGCGGUUCAGUACUGGAGGACAGCAGUGCUGGUACAUCUGUUCUGCAGGUUGUUGCCGUCGACGAUGAUAGAGGUAGCAAUGCUGUCAUCAGAUACCAACUUAACAUUGCUGGUAGUGCACCGUUCUUUGUUGGCGCUGUGUCUGGUGACAUCUUUGUGAAUGGAAGUCUAGAUCGAGAGCGCACACCGUCAUACACAUUUGCAGUGCGGGCUACAGAUCAGGGCCAGCCUCCGGCAAGCUCAGUCGUGUCCGUCACGAUCAGCAUCGACGAUAAGAAUGACAAUCCGCCCGUGUUCAACCAGACACUCUACUCUGUCACCGUUCUGGAGAACAUGGACCUGAGAUCUGUGGUGUACACGCUGCAUGCUACUGAUGCUGAUGUUGGUAACAAUGCUGUGCUCACCUACUCCAUCACAGGUGGCAAUGUCUUGGGUCGCUUCAACACCGAACCAACUAGCAGCAACAUUGUACUGGUUGGUCUCCUGGACCGUGAGCUGGUUGCCAGUUACCGCUUAUCCAUUGCGGUUGUGGACGGUGGAAUACCACAGAUGAGCGGCAGCACAAUGCUGGACAUAACGGUAGCAGAUGUGAACGAUAACACUCCAGUGUUCAGGCAGUCGUCCUAUUCAUACACGGUAGCGGAGGAUUUGUCAGCUGGUUUGGAAGUGGGCCGGUUGGAGGCCAUCGACAGAGAUGCUGGCAGCAAUGCUGUCAUAACGUACGUACUCACCAACACGUCCAUACCAUUCAGUAUCAAUACCACAACGGGAUCGCUGACUGUGGCUGCACCAGGCUUGGACUACGACACCCAGUCCGUGUUUGUGUUCAACGCUGUAGCCAUGGAUGGUGGUUCUCCAUCACUCAACAGCACUGUGCAGGUGACUGUGACUCUAACGGACAUCAAUGACAACUCACCAGUGUUUGAACCAGCCCAGUACAGUAUCACAGUCCCAGAGAACACCACGGCUGGCAGCAUUCUGAUCACAGUCACAGCUAGCGAUGAUGAUGACACCAGCAAUGCUCUCCUCUCCUAUAGCAUAGUGUCCGGCAAUGCACAGGGACACUUUGUUAUCAAUGCACUACGCGGUUCUGUUGAACUGCUGGGCCAGUUGGAUAGAGAAACGACUGCUUCGUACCAGCUGGCUCUCCGAGCUCAAGACAACGGUACACCGCAGCGUAAUGGCAGAGCUAAUCUUAGUAUUAUUGUUCAGGAUGUCAAUGACAACUCACCAGUCAUUUCACCCACACAAGCCAGCACUGUGUUUAGAGAGAACGGAGGACCGGUGACCAUCUUCAGUACUCUGACCGUGUCUGAUGAGGACACAUUCCCACUGUAUAGUCUGACUGCUCGGCUGAUGCUCGACAGUGGACUUGCAGCUCCCUCAUCAGACUCUUUACGGCUGAGUGGCACCAUUCCGGCCACGUUAUCGGUUUCCGGCUCAGGUAGUCACCAGAUAAUAAUCAGUGGUGUGGCUAGUGUGGUGCAAUAUCAGAGUCUGUUACAAGAUAUCCAGUUUAUCAGUGUAGCUGAUGAGCCCCUGUCCACUGUACGCAAGGUCACAGUUAGUGUCAAUGAUGGCCUAUCCAACUCCCCCAUCAGUACUGUAUCGAUCUCCAUCGUGUAUGUCAACGACCAUGCGCCGCAGCUGCAGCUGGGAAACCAGUCCAUCAACUAUUCCACAUCGUUCACCGAGGAAGGACCUGCUGUGAGCAUUGUGUCACCCGCUGCAGUGCUGAGUGAUGCAGACGGAGGAAUGAAUAUGAUUCAGUCUCUCAACAUUACAAUCAAGAAUGCAGCUAAUGGUGCUAGUGAGAUGAUUGCGCUCAGCGUAGGGUCGAUUCCGUCCAUUUCUAUGCAGCGCGGUUCAACGCAGACAGAUCAGUACCUGAAUCUGAUUGGCCCUGCAUCGUUGAGUGAGUUCCAGAGUGUGCUUCGCCUCCUGACAUACAUCAACAGUGCUGAUGAGCUGGCAGGUGUGCCAUGGAGAGAGGUGUGUAUACUGGCCAGUGAUGCAAUGUUCUUCACCAAUCUGGCAUGUGUCAAUGUCAGCUUGCUGCAUCAGAAUGAUGCACCCCUGCUCCGCCUGGGCGCUUUCACUGACAACGUUGUCGUGUACAAUGAAACGGUAUCCAGCGUAAACAUUGCUGAUACGAACGCCAGUAUUACAGACAGCGAUGACUUACUUCUUACCCAGAUGAUAGUGCAGAUCACCAGCUAUCAAGCAGCAGCGGACAAUCUAACAGCUAGCACUGCCGAAACGGCCAUCUCUGUCCAGCAGCACGGAGAUUCGCUCGUCUUCACGGGUGCCGAUACGCCGGCAAACUAUCUGAUGGCACUGCGCUCUGUUCGAUUUUCGUACACGCUCCAAACUGGAGAAACGUUUGAAAGUCUGGAGCAGAAUGGCACCAUCCGGAGACUGCGUGUUUUCUGCAGUGAAGGUAAGCUGAAUAGUAGCGUGGCAACGUCAAUCAUCACAUUCUCUGCGACUAACAACGCCCCAACGGUGCGCAUUGCAGGCAUGAAGAUCUACGCUGUGUCAUUCUCGGAGGACAAUGGCCCGCUGCCAGUGACGGGGAAUUCCCUACGGGUCUUUGACGCCGACUCAGUCAGCCUGGUGUCAGCGAGAAUAAAGUUUUCAUCUCCACCAGUCGACGCCGGUGAGAGGUUGAGCAUAGCUACUGUGCCCGCUGGAAUACGCACCCAAUACUUCUCAUCCAGUGGCACAUUGACAUUAUCAGGCACUGCUAAUCUGAUGGCGUAUCAGCAAGCCUUGAACAGCAUCGAGUAUGUGAACCCAGGCGACAAUCCAACCUCGGCAACGCGCCGCCUCUUCCUGACAGUAUCCGACGGCCAGCUCUCCAGCGACCUCACCGUCAUGGAGAUCGCAGUCGCACCAGUUAAUGACCGCCCUGUUGUGUCACCCUCCAUCUUGCCUCCCGUAGUGUUCACGGAGAACGGCACAGCAGUCGACAUUGCCAGUUCAGCCAACAUCGCUGACCCAGACUCCUACAUUUUAGAGAUCAUAGUCACCAUUGCAAAUGCUAGGGAUUUGUCACAAGAGACCAUCGAAGGCUCUGCAAGCAUAACGCGAAGACUGGUUGUUCCGCCGGCGUCGUUUGCCUUCUACUUCGCUGAUAGCCUGGGCAAUCCUGUUGCAAGAUCAUCGAGUGAGAUGACGAAUGUAUUGCGUAGUCUACGAUACAACAACAGCGCCCCAGAGCCUGACGCCAGUGCACGGCGUCAAAUUCUCAUUACAGUCAGCGAUGGCAAAGCGUUCAGUCAGAACACGAGUGCGAGCAUUGCAAUCACGCUGGUCAAUGACAAUGCACCUGUGGUGAGCCCAGCACAGCAGACAGUGCCACUUAUGGAGAAUGCUCCAGUCGGCCAUCGGGUGCUGCAGGUGUCGGCAACCGAUGCUGAUGUUGAUUCAGUUCUGGUUUAUUCGCUAGUGGACAAUUUCACCUUGUUUGCUAUCAACAGCAGCACUGGACUUGUGAGUACUUCGGGUCUGCUGGACUAUGAUGUGCCUCCACGCCAGUACUCCUUGCAGAUCAGUGUGUUUGAUGGUCAGUUUACAGCCACAGCCAUGGCUAACAUCACGCUACUGGACGUCAACGACAAUUCUCCUUCGUUCAUGGAUGCAUCUGUGAAAGUCAACGUGUCGGAGUCACGGGACACUGGAUCGGUGGUCUUGACUGCUCUUGCCACUGAUGCCGAUAGUGGAAUCAAUGGCAUUGUACAGUACAUGUUAGAGCCUGACUUUGGUGCUAAUCUUUUCCAGUUGAAUCUUACAUCAGGUCAACUCUCCAUUGGAUCAAAACUGGACUACGAGACGGACGCUAACUACACACUGCGUGUGAAAGCGUACGAUCUUGGACUGCCCUCGAUGAGUUCAGUGCUGACUGUCUUUGUUCGAGUGAUUGACGUCAACGACAACCCACCCAUCUUUGAUCCGACUGAAGUGGCCAUAAGCUUGUCAGAAUCAGCACCGGUGAGGAGCACCGUUGUUGAAAUGAAUGCCAGCGAUGUUGACUCCAACGCUAUCUUGUACUCCAUAGGCUCUAGCGUGUUCAGCAUUGAUGCUCAGAGUGGUGUUGUGAGUAUUGCCCAACCAUUGGACUAUGAACAGACAGCCAUGUACAAUAUCACGGUCACUGCCGUAGAUGCUAACCGCCUGCCCGUGCUGAGCUCCACUGCCCGGCUGAUCGUCAGUAUCCUGGACGUGAAUGACAUUCCUCCACAGUUCAGCCGUGCCGUGUACAACGCCAGCAUCUCCGAGUCCAUUGCGCUGCACAGUGCAGUUAUCAAUGUUACUGUAAGCGAUCAAGACUCCGGACUCAACGGCCUUCUUCAGUACUCCAUCAUUGGCGGUAACAUCGGAAAUAGCUUUAGUAUUGAUCAAGCAGGCCAGGUCUCAGUCAUUGGACAAUUGGACUUUGAGACACGCUCGUUCUAUCGUUUGGAAAUUCGUGCACAAGACUAUGGAAUACCGCCCUUGAACAGCAGCACUCUCUUAGAGAUUACUAUACUGGACUUCAAUGACGAGCGGCCUGCAUUCCCUGCCUCGACCAUCCAGGCCAACGUGAGUGAAGGAGUCACUGUGCUGCCACAUCCGGUCACACAGCUGCUGGCAAGUGAUGGUGACCAAGGUUCCAAUGCCCUUGUCCGCUACAGCAUUCUCACCGGCAACAACGGCUCUGUGUUUAGCAUCAACAGUAGCACUGGAUGGCUGGAGGUGGUGUCCAUGCUGGACCGAGAACGCACCAGUCAAUAUCUACUGGUGAUUGAGGCGAGGGAUCUUGGAGCUCCACCACUGUUCUCCACAGUAAAUGUUGUCAUAUCGAUACUUGACGUAAACGACAAUGCUCCACAGUUUAGCACUGGUUUCUUUCCAGCUCGAAUUGAGGAAAACGAGCCUGCUGGUACUCCAGUUGCCUCUCUUGCAGCCACUGACCAAGAUGUAGGAAGCAACGCACAGAUUGUGUAUUCCCUGACUGGAGGUUUGGGACAGUUCGCUGUGAAUGAAAGCACUGGAGAAGUGAGUACGUUGACUCCACUAGACUAUGAUGGCCGUCCACAUCAGUAUAACCUAACUGUCACUGCGCAAGAUGAAGGAAUGCCAUCUCUAUCGUCCCACACUACACUUCUUGUUGACAUUAUUGAUUUGAAUGACAACAGCCCUCGGCUGACGGUGUCUCAAUUACAAGUAUCUGUGCCGGAGAAUACUGUGGCUGCUAGCAUUGCCCAGCUGAAUGCAAGCGAUGCAGACUCUGGCAUUAAUGCCCAGCUUGUCUACAGGAUCACCAGUGGAAAUGUCGGCAGCAAGUUUGCAGUGUCUAUGUCCGGAUUGGUCAGUCUUAACGCCAGUCUUGAUAGAGAAACCCUUGCCAAGUACACAUUGACGGUGGAGGUUCAAGAUACCGGACCGCAGGAGACAGUAGUACCAGCCAUUGUCACAAUCAUCGUCCACGUACUGGACGAGAACGACAACAAUCCAGAAUUCAAUUCAAGUUCGUAUACUAUCAGUGUGGUAGAGGGCAGUGCCGUUGGACAGUCUGUCUUGCUUGCUCAAGCUGUAGACAGCGACAGUGGCACCAAUGCUCAGUUGAGCUAUUCCAUCAUCUCGAACCGGACUGUCCCGUUUGUGAUAUCAGCAUCGUCUGGCCUGAUCACUGUGAAUGGCACGCUGGAUAGAGAGGUGUCGUCUCGCUAUCAGUUCACGGUUAGUGUGAUUGAUAGCAGUAUCAACAAUCCCCUUUCAGCCACUGCUACAGUCACAGUCGCCAUCACCGAUGCUAAUGACAACAUUCCAGUGUUACACAACCUACCUGCCCGUAUUGACCUGGUUGAGAACAUCCCUGCUGGCUAUAUAGUACUGGAUAUUAAUGCUACUGAUGGUGAUAUUGGAUCAAAUGCCCGGAUCACAUUCACCUUGAUAUCCUCCACACCAGCAGGAUGGGUGUCAGUGAACAGUAUUGGUGUGGUGUACACAUUACAGCCACUGGACAGAGAGCAAGUUUCCAGUAUCCGUGUACAGUUCAGUGUUGCCGAUGGUGGCUUGCCUGCGCAAAGCGUGAACGCAUCCAUCACCAUUGCCGUGGAAGAUCUCAAUGACAAUGUGCCCGUGUUCAAUACACCCAUUGCUAGCACUGAGACAGUCUUCCUGACUGAGAACACUAUGCCUGGACAACAGAUGUAUGCCUUCAAUGCUACCGAUGCUGAUCAGUCUAGCAAUGCAUCCUUGGUGGUCUAUCAGCUUGUUUCUGGCAAUGAUAACUCAACCUUCUUGCUCUCUUCGCGUUCUGGAAUCCUGACGCUGAGCAAAGGUUUGGACUUUGAGAGCCAAACAACAUUCAACCUGACUGUCCGUGCCACAAAUCCCAUACCAUACUCGUCGAUGUCACUGGUUUCCGAAACUCGGGAUCUCCUUGUCGUCAUUCGUGACGUCAAUGAGCAUCACCCAGUGUUCUCGAAGCUAUCGUAUGUUGUUUCUGUGUCAGAGAGUGUGACCAUCGGUGGGCUCAAUGUCUCACUGAUGGCAUCUGAUCCUGAUGGGUCGAGUGUUUCAAUUACGUAUGAGAUCAUUGCCGGGAACUCGGCUGGUGAGUUUCAACUUGACAACACCACUGGUCUGCUGACCAAUGCAAGGCCACUGGACUAUGAGAUCACACAACAGUACAACCUCACGGUCAGAGCUAGAGAAUCAGCUGGCGUGGCGGCACUGUCACGCGACGUCACGGUCAUUGUGAACGUCAGCCCAGCAAACGAAGCACGGCCUGUGUUCUCGCAGGCUCACUACACCGCAUCAGUGCAGGAGAAUACCACCGUUGGUGCCAGUGUACUGCAGCUGCAGGGCAAUGACAGUGACGCUGGCACUCACGGCAAUCUGACAUACGCAAUCACAGCAGGCAAUGACAAUGCUACAUUCACCAUUGAUACUCUGACGGGGGUAAUCUACCUAGCUGACUCACUCGAUCGAGAGAGCAUGGUGACGUUCACCUUGACGGCUACUGUCAUGGACCAAGGUAACGGUGCAUCGUCCGCCAAUGCUACCAUCACCAUCACUAUCACCGAUGUCAAUGAUAACUCGCCUGUCUUCGCUCAGUUCACUAACACACUGAAUGUGUCCCUCAGCUCACCAGUCGGUACACCCAUAAUCCAGUUCUCCAUCUCGGAUGCAGACAUUGGUACCAAUGCCCUGGUGACCAUAUCACUAGUCAGUGGCAACACCAAUGACACGUUUCACAUCACAAACCAAACUGGUGUUUUGCAACUGGCCAAGCGACUUGAUCGUCCAGGAGCAGUGUUCUCUCUAUUGGUGGCUGCAUCUGACGCCGGUGAUCCUGCCCGGGUCACCUCUGUUAACAUCAUGAUCAAUAUUGUCUCGCAAUCUCCACUGGCACCACAGUUCUCAUCUGUGCUAUACAGUGCAAGUAUUAACGAGUCACUCGCUACGGGCACUGUAUUCAGUGCUGUGAAUGCGAGUAUUGCUGCUUCAGCAAGUAGUGGUAGUGGCCAGCUUCAGUAUGAUCUGAGAGACGCCACCGUGCCGUUCAGUGUCAAUGCCGUUACUGGUCUGGUGUCUCUCAACCGCUCGAUCCUUGGCAUUAGUCAGCCACUAUACACCUUCCUAGUCCGUGCCACGGCUACUUACAGCACAUCAGCAUACGAGGCAUACACAUCUGUGCAGGUGUCAGUGAGCAACCGUCUUGUUGAUCAGCGACCUGUCUUCACCUCACCAACCAGUUACACAGUCUCUGAGAAUGCAAGUCUGGGAUCUGACAUUGCUACAGUUCAGGCCAUCUUUGUCAACUUCGCCGGUCGCUCAUCAGACAUCACGUACAGCAUAUCACCACUGUCCAGUGUCUUUACAAUCAACUCUUCCUCUGGUGUCAUGCGUGUGAGUGCACCAUUAGAUCGUGAACUGGUGCCGUCAUACAUGCUAACUGUGCGUGCUCAGAAUCCCCUCAGUAGUGUAUCGGUGAGCACAGACCAAGCAGUUCGCAUCAACGUUUCAGAUGUGAAUGACGAGACCCCAGUGUUCACGGACAGGGAGUACAAUGCAACUGUCUUGGACAGUGUAUCCGUGGGUAGUGUGGUAGCUCAGUUGACAGUCCAGGACGGUGACGCAGGUACCAAUGCUGCUGUUGUAGUCAGUCUUGCGUCACAGCCAGCAUGCUCACAGUCAUUCCGUGUGGCCGGCAGCAGCACCAGCAUCAAUAACACGGCUGUGAACAUCGACACAGCACAGCUACUGGACGUCCUCAACUUCACACAAUGCUCUCUACUGUUGACUGUCACCGAUCUUGGAAGCCCGGCUCUAAGCUCGUCCGUCAAUGUAUCCGUCGUGAUUACGGAUGGUGACAAUCAUGCCCCGAUGUUCACAGCACCGCUGUACAAUGUCAGCGUAUUGGAGAAUGCAACACAGGGUACACUUGUCACACGUGUUACAGCAACUGACCUGGACACAGGUAGUGCAGGUAGUGUGCAGUACAAUAUUACUGGCGGGUCUGGUCAGGCACACUUCGCCAUAAAUCCCAGUGAUGGUGCUAUUGUUACAAAUGCUCAGCUUGACACGGAGACAACGCCCAGUUUUACACUUCAAAUUGCAGCGUUCAAUCCAAACUCUAACCGUUUUGCUUCGGCCACUGCCAUUGUUGUUAUUCGUGUGGUUAAUGUCAAUGACCAUGGUCCAAGGUUUGGCCAGGCACUGUACACUGCACUUGUGUCAGCCUCUGUUCAGCCUGGCUAUGCUGUGCUGCAAGUCACUGCCACAGAUCGUGACAGCCCUGCCAUCGCAUUUAGUAUAUCCCCAGUGGCGUUGUCACUGUUUGUGAUGAAUGCAAGCAGUGGUGUGCUUACUGCCCGCGGUGGGUACAAUAGUAGUCAUGUAGGACAGCAUACAUUCAGUGUGCUUGCAGUGGACAAUGCCAUUCCUCCACUCAGUGCAAACACCACUGUACAGGUGACCAUAUUGCCAGCCAAUCUGGCUGGUCUCCGUCACCAGGACAUGGUCUACUCCACUAGUGGCUUGCUGGUUCAAACCACUAUCAGCAGUUCAGAAAAUUCCACAUCCCGUUUCAACCUCUCCUACAUUAGCUAUUCCGAUACAACACAGGUAACUGUGGCCAUCCGUGGCAGCUCAGUGCCGUCGCUCACACUGCGACAAGCAACGCCGCCCCUAACAGCAACCAGUCUCACUGCAACGCUCAUAACGGACGAUGUUUAUUUUGAUUCGCCGCGUGUCCGCGUGUCACUGCACGCUAUGGACAUGUUUGGUGACUCAAGGAUCAGUAGUGCAACCGGUACUGUCACCAUUGCCCAGGGCACAGCAAUGGAGCAGAGUGGCAGCUGUCAGCUGGUUUCUGGCCAGUGCAUUGCUAACCUAGUGCUUACUGCUGACUGGUUCACAGCCAGACGCUCGCCCAGCUUGUCUGCUCGCCUCGACACAGGCGAUAUAUCAGCAUUAGUUGCGGAAACAAUCACCAUUCAUCCACAGCAGAAUGUCACGCUGAGCAAUGAUGUCCUGAUCCAGCUCCCCGCGUAUGAUCAUCUCCGAGGUGACACGCUGACCGUGUCGGCAUUCGCACACGAUUCGUUUGCCAUUAGUGGCUUUGACAUCACUCUGUCGGUGGGAAGCGCACUAGAAGUGCUACACUCAGUGUCCACGGAUAGUGUGUGGUCUGCACAGUCCGUAGUGAGUACCUCUGCUGACAGUGUCAGUGUGAAUGCUGUUCUGCAGCCUGGUAUGCUACCAUCACCCGUUGCAUCACCACCGGGAGCAACACGCCUCUUCCAAGUGCAGCUGAGAGUGCGAGCGAGCGCUGCGGAGAACAUGUUUGCAAACCUCACUGCAACAGUUCAGACACUGACAAACAUCAACAACGAUGGCCUGCAGCCAGGUGGCCGAGCUGUUCCAACAUUCGUUUGGUUUUCAGAUCGAUUAUCACCGGCAAGCCCUGUGGGAAGAGUGUACAUUGCACAAAAUGAUCUAGUUGCAGUGUUUGCUUAUCUUGACGGCAAUCCAGUAUUCAACAUGGCCGCCUUGACAGGUAUCAACCAAACAUACAGUGUUGUGGCACGCGGCGUGUUCCGUUCGGCUGCAGUCCGUGUGCUGACAUCAUCCAUCACGUGCCAGUCAUCGUCACUCUCCUUGAUUGUAGCCAGCGAUUGCAGGUCUGUGAGUGUUUCAGAUCAACACAGCAUGGCUGAGCACCAAGCACUGAUUAAUGUCAGUGUUGGCACUGCACGUUGCUCAUUUCUUGUUCAUCUCUGGCAGCCGCAGUUCCCACUCCAGAUCACUCUUUCUACAACCACCCUGAGCAAGAUCGAUGGCUGGCAGCAGCAGCAGCCCUCGUGUCGUGCUCGCUACCAAACUGCUACCGUACAGCAAGUGCUUGCAAACUUCACCAACGGCAUUGACAGUCCAAUCACUGUCAACGUCCUGGAGCGGGUUCUAUCACGUUUGAGUAUCUCUAACACAUCAGUGAUGGUACUGAACAGUACAACUGGUAUCCUGGAAGGUGUAGCGCCAGGCCAAACAACUCUGCAACUAAGCGGCACUGCCAGCGGACACACCAUUGCCUCAGUGAUGUGCAGCGUGUUAGAUAGUAGCAUCACAAUAUCUGGUAUUGACGUGGCUGUGCUGACGGCUCUCUCCUCUUCCGCCAGUGUUGUCAAUGCGCCCUUGUCUGCUGGCUACCUGGCGUUUGACUGGUCGCACAUGUUUUAUUUCGAAGGACAGCUUGGCUAUCUUCAUGCCGCAGCAGUGUUCAGUGACAACACACGGCAAAUUCUGCCAGCAGAGGAUCUGAGAGUGAGUUCUCUGGACACACUCGUUGUAGUACCCGGCUCAUCUAAAGGCACUGUUGUUGUUCAACAGAGCAGUGGAGCUGGGGAGUUGCUGGACGUUGCCCUGAUCUCAAACUGUUCCACUGACAAUGUCCUGGUGUCAGCCAAAGCAUUUAUCAAUGUCACUCUGCCACUGCCGACAUCAGUCAGUAUCCUUGGCCAGGUCAGUCGCAUUACCUUCUCUGGUGAUCCAUCCACUCGGCGUAACAUACCCACAGCAAUGUCACUGCAAGUAGCUUUGGUGUUUGCAAGCGGUGUGAGACAGGACAUGGUCUCUGACUCUCGGACGUUGUUUAACUUUACAUCAGGUAGUACCUUGGUCAGUGGCAGCGUACAAAGUGGACGAUUUGUAGUGCAGCCGACUCAAUUGGCUUCGGGUCCAGCUACACUGACCAUUGGGUUUUCGCAUCUGCCAGCAUCGUAUGCAAGGACAGUAACAUUCACAAUAGUCCAGGCAACGGCAAUAACAACAACUGCUUCCCCGUUCCCCACAUACUCCGGAUCAUCGUCCCUCAUCAGGCACAGUGUUCACCCCAUUGCAAGUACGGGUGUGUUCCAAGAAGCUUUGCUUGCAUCUGUACUACACCUGAGCGACGGUAGCACCCGUUCUGUGUCUGACAUUGUUCAGUAUUCCAAGCACACAGUCGGGCUACCAGACUCCAAUGUCACCAUUACGGGCAGUGGGGCAUCACGCCGUGUACUGGUCACGGAUCACACAGUGCCAGCUGGUACAUUGACGAUCAAUGCAACGCUGUUACAGCUGACAUCUGCCGUACCUCUGGUGUUGUCCGUGUCACGCACACCUGUAGUAGUGCAGAGUCUCUCGUUGACUAGCAAUCCCAGUCAAUUAACUGGGCUCAGGAGCCAAGUAAGAGCACAGGUGAUUGUACAGGUCAUCUUCAAUGACACGGCGCAGUAUCCUGUCUUUUCAACAUCCGUACGCCCACUGCCAGGCCUGCUGAACCUCUCACUGUCCAAUCCAAGUGUAGCUUCCAUUGAUUCCAGCACUGGUACGGUAAUCUUGCUCGGCAACUCACUGCUAUCCCCUGUCAGAAUAACAGCACAGGACACUAGCUCUGCGAUUAGCAACACUGUUGACGUCCCGUGCAAUCUUGAUCCUGAUUCUGGUGAUGUCGACAUGGGACAGCGGAAUGGUUUGGCACUCUCACUUGUCACUGUGGGCUAUACCUACUCUAUCCCUAUCUAUGUCAACACAGCCAACCUGCGGCUUGGAUCAUGGGAUUUCCACCUUUCCUUCAACUCCACCCUGGUGAGAGUAGCCCAAAGAUCAGAUAUAACACGUGGAAAUGACUGGCCGAGUGCAGCGCUGUUCGAUGGUGUGGCUAAUGACCCUGUUAGUGAAGUUAGAUUUGGAGGCUCAGUAGCGUCUGUUACUGUUGUUGGAAGUAGACUGCAUCUCGCUACCGUGACUGUGACGGCCAUUGCCAGUGGCACUAGCUUCCUUGCUCUGGAAGUUGUGACGCUCAAAUCACAAGACGUCCCAGCCAGGGAUAUUGGUGCAGCAACACCGCGACAAAGUGCUGCCGCCGAUGGCCUUGUUCUUGCCGUGAUGUCGUCGUCUGUGGGGAGACGGUCAGUUGAAGAAGACCUGCUCCCGCAAACCACCGGCAUUGUUGGCCAUCGCAGGUCAAAACGCCAGGCGACUACAGCGUGUUCCAUUCCACCAUGUCCUGCAUCUCAAUGCACUGGUGGAGAACGUCAACUUGGUGACACUAAUGGCGACUGCUUGUUUGACGUCAGUGAUGUAACGUUUGUUCAACAGUACCUGGCUAGUAAAGCCCAGAACUUCAUGGACAGCAAUGGUGCCACUAUCAAGACUGGCUUGGAUACCGUGUCGGAUCGGCUUGUUGAACUGGAUGCCGAUGGAAAUGGUGUCAUCGAUGUGAGUGAUGCUCGGUAUCUGCUGUUAGUCAACUUUGGUUUACUUCGUUUCAUGAGACAACUCAACAUCCUACCAGUGCAAGGACUCGGCUCUAACUGCUCGUUGACACUGCAGGUGCGUUUACUGAACAAAGGUGAUGUGCCUGUUGACGGCAGGCAGACAACGGUUGCGUUCUUGUUGGCCAGUAACGAAAUAGGUCUGGGUGUGCAGCUUGCGUCGUAUGCACUGAACGUCUCACAAGCGUCAGGCCCAUCUCUGGCUGUACUACCUGCAGUGUUUGUAGGUGAUGGGACAUUCCGCUUUAGCUCCCCGGUGAACUUCACCUCUCAGACUAUUGGAGUGAGUCUGCUUCAAGUAACGUUUGAUGCUCUCGGCGGUAGCAGUGUAGAUCGGCAGUUGGUCACCCGAGGCAAUCCAUCUCCACCAUUCCUUUUCAACACACCCGUUUCUCUCAACAUCAUGGCUACUCCGUCCGUCCGUGUAUCUUUCAUUGCGUCGAACGGCUUCAAUCCUGAAGCUCGGCUGAACAACACCCUAACUACAGCCGUGUGUCGUGUACAAUCUGCAAGAGUACUGGUCAUCUCACCUGCUCUUGUUGUACAGACUGUACUGGAGAAUACUGUUCUUCCUGCCAUAAUUUUCAACGUCUCAGUUAACAGCACCCUUCCACCAUCUUCUCCGUAUCAACUGCACUUCACUCUGCCGAAUGAUGCAGUUAUUAAGUCACACUUUGUUGUGAACAGCAGUACUGCUUCGGCGGUUAUUCUGACGACAAUUCGACCCUUCGACAGGGAAGCCAUCGCAACAUUCACCUUCACUGUCUCUGUAUCUACUGUCAUUGAUGGUGUGCUGCUGACAGCUGAUGCCAAUGUACGAGUGACAGUGUUGGAUGUGAAUGACAAUGCACCACAGUUCACUGUCGGUACACCAGCAAACAUCACGCUCAGUGCACACAUGCCACCCGGCGAUCCUGUGUUCAACGUCAGUGCCAUCGAUCUAGACCUUUUACUGAAUGCUCGCUUCAACUUCAGCCUCUCGGGCAGCAACGCAUUCAGAAUUGACUCCGAUGGCCAGGUAUACACUACCGAUCUACUGCUAGAGAAAGAUGUGUACAUUGUCAACAUCACAGCAUUUGACACACCAUCUUCAGGCCACUCACUUGCAACGACGACUGUGAUUGUUGUGAGUGUACCAGAUGUUCCUGAUGUGCUCAGCCCACCAAUAUUCGAAAUGUUCAACGAUUCUCUGGCCGUUCCUGAAAACAGUCCACUCAACAUGAUCAUUGCUACAUUCGCAGCCAACACUCGGAGCAACUUCUCCAAGGUCUACUACCUCAGCUCCUUGCAACCACUGCCUGUGCAGAUCUCUGCAACCACAGGAGAACUGACAGUGACUGGUGCACUGAACUAUGAGAAAACACCAGUCUACAACAUCACAGUGCAUGUGACCAGGCCUGGCUUGGACCGGUUCGGGGCGGCCAACAACAGCCGUUCAUUCCUACUGCAAGUCACUGAUAUCAAUGAGCCACCAGUGUUCAAUGUAUCCGAUUUACAUCCAGUGUUAUCGAUCAAGGCCAAUACAUGGCCACAAACUGUUCUUGGAGACUUCCUUGCCACUGACCAGGACUCCGGUCUGCAAGGUCAGCUGGCGUACAGUAUUCUAGCUACCAGUGCACCGCCACACUUCUUUACUAUCUCUCAGUCUGGCAUACUCAGCACAGACAGUGUUCUGCUUAACUCUAGUGGUCAGUACUACACAUUGCAGUUACUAGUGAGUGAUGGGGGAAACCCCUCGCUAACCGAUGACAUCACGGUCAACAUCACGGUGAAUGCAGUGGAUGCUCCCACAUUUGAUCAAUCAGAGUACAUGAUGGAUAUCCCGGAGAACAGUGCAGUGUCUACACCAGUCGGCUCUGUGCUGGCAGUGGGUGAUAACGCAACAGUCACGUACAGCAUCAUCAGCGGCAACGGACGAGGUUCCUUCAGCAUUGAGCCGCUCACGGGAAACAUCACGGUUUCCCAGGAUAACAUAGAUGCGGAGCAGGUGUUGGCGUAUUCACUCACGGUGCUUGCAGCAGCGUAUGACUUGUCCACACAGUCCAAUCUCAGCACGUCUGUGUCUGUGAAUAUCCGUGUGCUGGACGAGAACGAUAACAUGCCAGUGUUUGAUAGCAACACACUGAACUUCUCCAUUGUUGAAAACACACCGUUGCAUUCUAUACUACACACUGUAUCUGCAACGGAUCGCGAUGUAUCGCCGCAAAACUCUUUGGUAUCGUUCACACUGCUUGACUUGAUCACAACAUUCCGCAUCAAUGCCUCUACAGGGGUGGUGGAGAAUCUCGUGUCAAUAGAUCGCGAGACAACUCCAUUCUUCACUGCGAAUGUAUCUGCUGCUGACAAUGGUAUGCCGUCGUUGAGUAGUGAUGGUGUGAUGCAGGUUACUGUGUUGGAUGUCAACGAUAACGCACCCAAAUUCCAUCAAGCACCAUCGGUUGCCAGACUGGAUGAUACCGCCGUGGUGGGUGAGCCAGUGGCACGCUUCAUUGCCUCCGAUCCGGACCUGGGAAGUAACGGCACCGUCAUCUUCUCACUGGGUGUUUCAUCACUGCAAUCUCAACAGAUACCCGUGUCGGUCAAUGCUACAUCGGGUGAACUGACAGUGUCGGCAUCUCUGCAUGAUCUGAACGUAGAUCAGUUCAGUGUGCAGGUUGUGGCAAGUGAUCAAGGUCACCCUGCUCUAUCCAGUACAGCAAUGAUAGUAAUCCACGUAGCUGCACUAGCUCUCACUCCCACUCUCAGUGCCACCGGUGGUCUAAGUGUUGUACAAGGUGUUGUCUCUAACACCAGUGCAAUGAGCUACACCAGCUAUUUAGGCCUGAUCACGGGACCAAGCGGUGAAGUCAGGACCACAUUCGGAAGUCUGUCUGCAUCCCGGAUGUUUAGCUACGCCAGUGAUCCUCCAGCGACUGUGCAAGCAGCCAUGCUGAGCGCUUCAACUCAGGUAUUUUGCACACCAACUGGCUCAACGUGUCGUGCUGCUAUCACCAUUGCAGCCCAGGUGAAGGCAGCAUACUUCAAGACAUUGAUCCGCAGCCCAGUGUACGUCAGGAUACAGGGAUCGUCAUUGACAGCUAAGACAUCAAGCUGUAUGUCUGUGGCCCUGCCAGGUGUAUGCACUGUCACGAUAACAUUGCAGAAAUCAGAUUUCCCAACAGCUGGAACGUCGCCAGCUUCUGCUAGCAUUUCUUUUGGCCUUUCGCCACAGCAGCUCACCCAAAGUCUUGAAACUGUUCAACUCCAACCUCUCCCGUCAUACUCAGUAGCAGAUAACAAUGUGUUCGUUGAGUUGUCAAGGGAACCAGUUUACCGUGGCGAUGCGUUUGAAGUCAGGGUGAGCAGUCAGACUGCCGACCGAGUGGAGGGUUUCAACAUCAAGUGUACGAGUGGACCAGGUUUGCAGAUAUCUUCCAGCAUCAUCAUUGACCAGGCUUGGGACUAUCAAAUGUCGCAAUUUGGGGCAUCUCUGUCAGUCCCAGCAUUCAUACCUGCAACGGCAACCUCUCGUCCAGCCUUCACCGCUGGCAGAACACAUUUGUUCUCACUGCAGCUGACGGUAACACAGUCGGCAAGCCUGGGCAGUAACACCUCUGUACAGUGCAGUGUAAGCAGUCUGGUCACAGAGCUAGGACAAGUACAGCCCAGCGGUGCUUCAUCUCCCUUUGCAGCCAUCACAUUUGGACAGUUUGGUCGCAGCACAGCUGGUCUUGUGUCUGUCGAUGCUGAUGCUGUUGUAGCCGUAUUUGCUGAUGUGGACUCCAGUGAACUGGUCAACACAGCUGUAGUGACUGGUCAGCCAGUUCUCAGCACUAUGACUGUAGUGGCUGGAUACGUAUCAGGCAGAACUACUGGCACCACAGGUCAAGCAUCAUGUACCAGUAACUCUACCAGUGUUGCAUCUGUUGAUGCUUCAUGUGCGCAUGUCAUUCUUAACGGCAUGGAGACAGCCGGGUCGCAUAAUGCCCGCAUCGGUGUUAGCGUUGGAAGUGUGACAACUAGCGUGUCUAUUAUUGUAUGGCAUCCAACAUCUUUCAAGUUGUCCACAGAUGACGAUGAGCUGUCCUUGGUAUCAUCAUGGCGGAAUGCUGCUGAUGGCUGCAAUGCUCGCUAUCAACAAACUGCAUUACGUGUUUCAUGCACUUUCAGCAAUGGACAAGUAUCCAUCCCUGGUGUUGACAUCACUGACACAGCCAAGUCCUAUCUGCGUGUUGACAAGCCAACUGUAGUCUCUUUGAAUGGCUCCAUUGCAACUGGCAUCAUGCCUGGAUCUGUUGCUGCAGCUUUGCCUAACCCUGUCCCCAGUCGGCCACCCCUUGCCAGCUUGCCAUUGCUAGUAACCUCCUCUGCACCAGUGUCUGUUGUGGGACUCAGUAUAUCUGUGGUCAGCAGGCUGGAUCUUACACUGAACACACCGACAUCUAGAAGUAUGUGGGUACCAGCAGCUGCUCCGUUCAUCACUACCCGACUGAUUCAAGACCUCAACCUGGAAGGCAAGAUGGCCAGCCUUAUUGUUGCUGCACAUUUCAGCGACGGUCAGGCACAGAUUGUAACUCAGGCCGAUGGUGUAGUACUGUCAUCGUUGAAUACAGCCGUGCUGACCGUUGCAGGCCAGACUGUGUCUACUCGUGGCUCUGGCAGUGGAGAACUAAUCUUGGCAACCCUAUCGUCAGGUCAGUGUGAUGUCAGGAUUCUUGCCAACGGUACGGCCAUGCUAAAUAUUGUCACUCCCGCGCCUGUGCGAGCUGAGCUAUUUGCCAGUACAACACGACUAACACUGGCUGGUGAUGCACUGAGGCAGACUGGUGUGCAAAGCAGAGCACAGAUCACCUCUAACCUAGUUUUCAGCACGUCAUCAGGUCUAGCUAAUAUUCCUAUGACAUCUGACACACGUACAGUCUACACGCUUAGCAACUCGCUGUUCAUUCUGACCAGGAAUGCCGAUGGCAGUGUGGAAGUCUCUGGUAAUGGGUCGGUAACAUCGGGUACAAUUGGAACCGGCACCACUGAUCUGGUAGUCUCCUUUGUACACACUAACUUGACGGCUGUUGUCACGCUCCAGCUUGUACUGACCGACGUGGUACAGCUGGCGUCACACCCGUAUCCAUCAUACACAGGAUCCGGCUCACAUCACUUGUCGGUCUUGAGCCCUCUCGCAAACACAGGCGUCUACCAACAGGCCACCAUGAGAAUACAGCUGGUGACGACAGACAAACAAAUCGUCGAUGUUAGUGCGCACAACCGCACAGAUGUAUACAUCGAAUACAGCACCGACUCUUUGCUCUCGGAACAGCUGAGGCGCACAUCAAGUAAUGAAUUCCAGUUAAGUGUCUCUCCAUCACAACAAGCCAAUGGUGACAUCACAAUUGGAGCCAGCUUUGAUGGGGAUGUUGCCAACUUCUUGUUGAUUGAGGUUUCAACCACACCAGUUGAGGUGGUUUCCCUGAGAAUUCACUCUCUGCCGAGGAACACACUGCGAGGCAUGCAGCUUGUUACCCAGCACCAACUCACCGUUGCGGUAACAUUCUCAGACAGCACACAACACCCGAACUAUCUCUCUGCUUCCAGUCCAGCCCUGCCUAACCUGCUCAGGUUUACCAGUAACAGCUAUGCCAAUACUACAGGUAUGACCACCGGUGUCAUUACACCAAGGAUCAAUUCUCCUCUCGACGCGGCGCUAGUCACAGCCAUUGCCAUGCCAACUCCCCAGUGCGGCAGCAACUGCACCACGGUGAGCCAUACUCUCCCGUUCACCGUCAACCUGGACCCCGCCAUCGGCGAUGUAGACAUCGGGCAGGCCUCCGGGGUGGCGCUGCCGGUUAGACGGACUGACACGACGUUCACCGCUGCUGUGCGUGUGAACUCUGGAAGCAGUGUAGUGAACAUGCUGGACUGUCUUGUUAUCUAUGAUUCAGCCGUGCUGUCAGUGAGCAAAGUAAGUGAAGGCACUAGCUGGAGCAGUCGAGUCAGCUGCACACUCAACUACGGUGAUCCAGGUGAGAUCCGUGCCACGUGCUCCGACAUUAGCUCGGGUGCUCCGAGAGGCACUUCUCUGAACAUUCUCAUCAUAGAGUUCAUGGCCAAGGCACCAGGAAUGGCUCAUGUCAGUGGCAUGGUGAAUACCAUCUCUACGUACAGUGGUCUCAAUCCCAUCACCAUCGGUGCACCAACACCACAGCCGUUUAUUGCCGGUGAUUUCUUCCAAGUGGUCAGCGCAAACCGUCAACGUCGCUUCACCAGUCCGAGCGGCAAUGCGGUGCCUGUCAUCGCAGAACGACAUCGUCGCAACACUGCUAGUGCAACAUCUACCUGCACCAGUAUAUCAUGUGCAACAUGCACUGCUGCUAGGGAGAUUGGAGAUACGAAUGGCGAUUGCAGCUUUGAUGCAAACGAUGUUACCUUCACGUUGAUCUAUCUCGCUGAGAGAGGGAAUGAUUUCAGAACUACUCGAGGCCAAGCUUUAGCCAACACUCUUCUUUCUGCACAAGUUGAAGAGCUCGAUGCCAAUGAAGACGGUACCAUACUGAUUGACGAUGCACGCUUCCUCUCCGAGUACCUUGUUGAUUUCAUCUACGCGUUGGUUCCACCAAUCUCUAUUGUUCCAGUGUCCAGCCUGCAAUCACAGUGCAUGCUCACUGUUUCCGUCAAGCUUGCACGUGCAAAUGCCAUGCCCAUCUCCAAUCAGACUCGUGUUGUCGUGCACCUGUCUCACGAGAACGAGAGCUUUGCAGCGGACUUCACCAAUCAGUCUACGGUAGUACAGGGGCAACUUCUUGCGGUGUCUGGUGACACGGGUGUAUUAGUAGAGACGGCAUUCAGCCCUGAUCAACAGGUGUUCUCGCUCGCGUUGGAUGCCAACUUUGAGCUGUCAAACAUAGGCAUGUCACUGCUGGAAGUUACGCAGAGUACGACUGGCACAACAUCAUUGGAACGACAGCACUACUUCUAUCAAACAUCCAACGCUUCCAGCAGUCCAUCGUCGGGCAUUGAUGCCAGUCUGACGGUAGCUGGCCACAAGGUCACUGUCCGCGCAGGAACCAGAUCGCAGCCGCUGAUGACAUUCGAUAACUUGCUCUCCUCUAGGUCCUGCUCUGACAACCCGCUACUGGCUGAUGACUUACGGAUUGAAGUUCACAAUGGAACAUCUGCCACCGUACAGUGGGAGAUCACUAACCCCAGACAGGUACUACAAGACACUUUCAAUCUAACUCUGACCAUUCUGGAAUGUGACCUCAUGCCUGUUGGACCAUCGGGUUGCCAGGAUCAACAGUUCAUCGCCGUCGGAAGUCUGAAUGACUCUACUCCGUGUAGGCGACGGCUGUUUGACGUGUCUGGCCUGCAAGCAAGCCUUACAGUACUCUCUCCGCACACUGCUACCUACUUUCAAGUGUCUUCUCUUCUGCCAUCUCGCUCCCCAUCUUCAGCAUGGGUAUUGGCCGAGCUGCCACAAGCACCACCGGAGGGUCUGCUUCCACCGACUGUCACACCGCAAAACGAUAACCUGCUGAUUGAGUGGAUGCAGCCUAACAAAUCCAAUGGCUGCAUCCUCUACUUCGCCGUCUUGGCAAUCUUCAGCAAUGGAGAGAACAGAACGCUGUUCACGGGUCUGGAGAACUCAACGGUCUGGUUUGGCGGUGCCGAGGAGACCGCAGUCAUUCGCCUGUAUGCAGCAAACAGUGCAGGAGUCAUCAGUGCAGAAACACCCAGAGAAGGACUGAUUAAGUCAUCCUCACCGACAGCCAUCGCAGCUGUAGCUGUCAUUCCCAUUGUUCUUGUUCUUGGAGUGCUGCUGCUAUUGCGACUACUCUCACACAGGCGCCGCAAGCCAGCCCGAUACGGCAUCAUGAAAGACUUUGACGACUUCAAAAGAGAUCAGAUUGAAAUCGAAAUGAAACCGACAGCUCUGUCGGGACUUGCUUCCCCUGCCCAUCGGUCACUGACACAGAAAGAGCAUCACUUUGAGCAGAAGUUCGCCAGCAAGGACUUUGCCAGCAAGUUCUGGAGUCGUGAUGAAGCUAGCAUUCCUGAACCGAGUGCACCAGCGACUUCAGCGAAGCUCACAGCUGCAGAGUCUAUCGACUACCCAGGUAGAGACCAAGGGUUCUUCGAGCCGUUUGACCUGAAUUCGGCCGAGCUACCCACACCAGUCUUUGGACCUGGUAUUGAUGAUAUCGACGAUGCAAUAAAGAGCAUUGAAGACCAAGUUGGAGGUCUCUUGGAGCUGAGUGCACAGAAUGAGCUGCAGAUCCGUGCUUAGGAUGCUAUUCUCAGACCGGCGCAUUACAGCGAGGAUGAAGAAGACGCUGAGGACGAUCAGGUAUCCACCAUGUCACUGGAGUCACCCACGCCCGAGCAAUCUAAUUGGGUUCUGAGCAGGUCAGAGCAGAUGGAACGAUGGUGCAGUUGGUAAACACAAACAUCACAUGACUGCACAGUAUACCAGAUUGCAUGUGCAGAAGACUCCAGAUAUUAUAGAAUUUACGAGUGUCACAAUUGUUUAUCUACUAUCUUUGUUCUAUACUUUGUUGGAAUUACUGAAUCAUUCGUUCUUCAGAGAUGUGACAAUAAUUAUGACAAUGUGUGUAGUGUGUAGUGUGACGAUACAAUGUAUGUGUAGACAAAUUUUACGAUAUUAUGUAUUUAUUGUGGUGACAUCUGUCAUCAGUGUGUCAUGCCUCUUACCUCAUUGUAGCUUCAUCCGUAGUCUGCUUCCAUUGUCCUUGUUCUAUUUCUUCUAGUGCUACCUGUAGUCGUUUCACUUCUCAUCUUUCCUUGAAGUAGUUUAUUUGUCAAUAAUUGAAUUGUAAUUCCCGGCAACGAUUUUGACUUCAUUAUUAAUUUCGCCAGCGCCUGCAAGGCUGCAUGCGCUGUGUUCACGCGUGACUGAUGACAUGAUGUCAUCGCUAUUCCUUUUUUGCCUGGCCCUUUUAUUAUAAUAUUUUUUAUUAAAAUAGUCAAUAUAAAAAUUAUAAUACA